AUGUCAAAUGACGGCGUGUCGUCAGGACCGGCUACUCCUGAUCAGCCAAUCCUAGGCUUAUCGAUCAAAACCGAAGAGCAUCUGAAUGCCAAAGCCGAGGCCAUCGACGGUGAUAGGCAUGACGAGUUUGGAAGUAGAAAUGACAAUCAAGUCAGAGAAGUAUUUGAAGUGCUCAAGGUGAAACCGCUGUAUGACAACACAGGCUUCCUCGCAAGGUGA